AUGAUGAAAAUAAGAGUGAAGACUGCGGCGCUGAUAAUCGCCAACAGGCUGGAUAGCAUGGGUAUCAGCUUAGCAAAACAGAAGACGGAGUUGCUUGCUUUGGUGGGACAGCGGAAAUUAGAUGGCUGGAGCGCUGAUAUCAUGGGAGUGACUAUUAUGCCCUGCAAAGCUGUAAGGUACAUGGGAGUGUGGUUGGACAGCGGUCUGCGUAUGACCACCCACGUCCGCAGAAUAGUGGAAAAGACCACACCUGCAACUAACAUCCUGUCGCGGGUAAUGCCCAAUGUUGGAGGACCUAGGGCUAUGAAGAGGAGGACAGUGGCAUCGGCCGUGACUUCUAUGAUAUUGUAUGCCGCUCCAAUUUGGAGAAGAGCUAUACAAUAUCAACACUAUCAAAAUAUGCUGCAAUCUAUGAUUAGGAGAUUGGUCUUACGUAUUACGAGCGCCUACCGCACUGCGCUAACAUCGGCAGUACUAGCAUUGGCUGGUGUCAUGCCUAUUGUACACCAGGUAGAGGAAAGAUUGCAAGUAAGAGAAAACAUCUUGAUGAAAUGGCAGGAGGAUUGGCAGAGAUAUGAUGGCUGGGCAAAGCAAUUUAUUGAAAAUGUGGCGGAGUGGACCACUUUUUUGCUCAAGCUAUCACAGGUCAUGGGUGUUUUGACAAAUACCUGA